AUGGCUUUGGCCGCCCCGACAAUGAGGAUGGCCUCGUCUGCCUCUCUCCACCCAAGACUUGUAAACCCUUUCUCGACAUCCAGGAUACAGUUCCGCAUGCAGAAUGUUGCGCUCCCAUUAUUCCCGUCCCUCACACUUGCCGUCCCCGUCGGCCUCCAACUCGGCCUCCCACCAUUAGGAUCGAUCCUCGAAGACAUUUGGGAAUCCGUUCUCAAGGCAGUACCAAAAAAGAAGACGUCUCACAUGAAGAAGAGGCAUAGGCAGAUGGCAGGAAAGGCGCUCAAGGACGUGACCUCGUUGUGCAAGUGCCCGGCUUGUGGGGAGAUCAAGAGGAUGCAUUAUCUGUGUCCAAACUGCGCAGCUACCCACCCAGCCGAGAUCUUCUCCCUCGCGCCAACACCAACCGCCGUGCUCUCCGCCAGCGGCUCCUCCUCCCUCGUCGUCCACGACACCACCCAAGCAACUUUCCCCCUCCAACAAACAAUCCCCAACGCCCACAAACUCGGCUGCCACCACAUAUGCACCGCCCGCGGCGGUCUCGGCAACAUAGCCGCGAGCGUCGGUUUCGGCGGCGAGAUCAAAGUCUGGUCCAUUCCCAAAUCUGAGGACGGCGGCAGUAGCAACAAGGAAUGGAGCCUGCAGUGGGAGCUCGCGCCGACCAAGACGGGCGGCGGCGAUGUAUGGGCUGUGGCGCUCAGCGCGGAUGAGGGGUAUCUUGCGUGUACGACCAGUGAUGGUAGGAUUCAUGUUUGGGAUAUACAGGCGCAGGAGAAGAUUCAGACGUAUGAGACGGGUGCGAGGGGCAGUGGGAGCUUUGCCAUGGCGGUGGAUUUAAGUAGGGACGGAAGGUUGACGGCGAGUGGGCAUGAGAGUGGUGGGGUGUAUGUGUUUAAUAAUGAUGCGGGAAGGAUGGUAUAUUCGCUCUCUGGUCUCUCCAAGCCUGUCAGGACCGUCGCCUUCUCUCCCGGGUGCAAGCGUCUCGCUGCGGCCGGAAAUGCGGGCGUCAUCGCAGUUUACGACAUGGAGCACGGCGAGCACGUAGGCAACCUCACAGCACCGAGCAGCAGGCCCGCGUGGAUCACAUCGCUGGAUUGGAACGAUACAGGCGAAUAUCUAUUGACGGCGUCCCUGGAUGGCAAGGUCAAGGUUUGGGACGCGGGGAGGAGUGUUUGCGUGGCAACCCACAGUGAGACGGACACUGCGUUAUGGAGCGCCCGGUGGCUCCCCAAGACGGAGCGGGCGUUAGGCCCGGGUAUGGGGAAGAGCGAGCUGUUUUGUGCGGCUGGCGCGAGCAGGAGUAUUACGUUCUACCGGGAGGCUACUGGGUCUUGA